UUGCUAUAUGGAAUUUUAUGAAAAGAAAUAAAAAUACAAAAGAUAAAAUAAGUAUACCGAACUCGAAGGAAACGCAAAAAACCAAACAAUUUUCAGAGCUUAAACUCAACGAAGAAAAUAAUUUAACUACUGUUUCUACGGAUGGCAUAUUCGAUAAACAAUUAAGUAACCCAAGUCUACCUACACAAAUAUUCCGUCCAGAAAAGGAAGAUGAGAUUAAAAAUACUAUGAAAAAUGGAGAUACAACAUCUCAGCGAUUAACGGAACUCGAAGAAGUAGUACAUAGUUUAAAAUUAGAAGUGGUUCAAUUAAAUAAAGUUUCUUGUUAUGUUGGAAAAAAAACUAUAAAAAAAUCUGAAGGAAAAAAAGGUUAUAAUAUAUUUUAUUUGAACUCGCAAAGAAUGAUGAAACUUGAAGAUGAUUUUCAGUUUAUAAAAUCGGAAUUAAUCGAGCUGAAAAAAUCUUUUAAUAAUUUUGUACAAAAGAAUGCAACAAAAGUAAUUAUUCCACCACCGCCACCGCCGCCGCCGCCACCACCUUUUCCAUUCACACCACGGUCUCCGCUAAUGCAUAAAGGGGAUGGUGAUUGUCUAAGAUUACAAAAUGGUGCCGAUAUCAAAAGUAAAAAAAUGUUAAAGCCCAGAAAUAUGCAGAAUGACAAUUUAAUAAAAGAAUUAAAAAACGGUGUAGUAUUAAAAAAAGUUAAACGUUUAGAAAUAACAAAGCCUCCUGAAGAUGACAGUGAGCUUGCCAAAAUAUUUUCUAAAAGACGGAUUAAGGAUACCGGCCAGUUAUAAUUAAUCUCUACCUUUGCGCAAAGAACUUCACAGAAACAAAUCGGGCCAAGGAUACCGGACACAGGUGGCCCGGUCCCUGUUUCUUGUGUAUUAUAUUAAUUAGCCAUAGUUAUAUUUUCAGGUGUUUUAGUAUUUAAGAUACAUAUAAUUAAAAAAUAACAAUUGUAUUUAUAAUUCACAUGUGUAAUU